AUGGAGGGUAGGCGUAUGCGCUGGUCUAGAGCACUGAACACAGAGCUAAUGCGCGCAUACUACCAAGUGACGAAAGGGGAAACGGACGUAACGGGAUAUCGAGAUAAACUAGAAGAGCUAUGGAAUGCGCAGCACCAACAGCUGAUAUUACCAGCACAGCGCUUAGCUGAUCAAGUACGAUCGAUCCUGAGACGUAAGGCACUGAGCGAAGCGGAACUGGAUGAACUAAAAAACGACUGGCGAAGAGAAUCCAUCAGAAGAUCCGUCCGUCGAUCAAACGUAGCUCCACAAGCUGAAGCUAACGAAGAAAUACUAAAAGAGCAAAACCAAGUAUUUUCAGAAGAUCUCACAGAAAUUCAAGAUUUACUGAAGGAAAUAGAUCUCAAAUUCCGAGGUAUUCCCAUACAAGAUAGACCGGCACUCCCAAAAUUGACCCUAAAUCAGGAAAUACUUACCAUGGUUACCAAAGUUAAUAAGGCCCUCGACGAAGCGAUUCUGUCUGAAACACUUCUGGAUAUCUGCCAUGCAGUAUACUGUGCAGCACAUGCUGUCUGCUCAACUUACAGCGCCAAACUUAGAAACAAAAAACCUCAAAAUAAAGUGACCACGGAAAAUAUCCCACCAUGGCAGCGACGCAUCGAGAACAAAAUAAACACCAUUCGAGGACAAGUAGGUAUUCUGCAUACUUACCUUAACUCUGAGAGCAGCCGAAGAGUCCAGAAACAGGCAAAAAACUACGCCAGACGGGCAAAAAUCAAUCCACGCAGUCCGUCAUUCCAGCAGGAUCUCCGAAAACACCUAGAUGACCUGAAACAAAAGAUAAAAGCUUUAGGGAAUAGGAUUAGAAGAUACCGGCUAAGAUGUCGCCGAUAUCAAGAGAACAAAUUAUUUUCAAGAGACCAAAAAGCAUUCUACAGACAGCUACAACAAAACACAGAUAAUACCACACAAAUAUCACCAGAAAAAGAACACAUGCAGACAUUCUGGAGUGACAUAUGGGAACGGAAUGUGACUCACAAUGAUGGGGCAUUCUGGAUUGCACAGGAGGAAACAUCCCACGAAGCAACCGAGCAAAUGGUCCAGCCUGAAAUACGGAAAGCUGAUGUCACAACUGCUACCAACAAGCUGAAGAACUGGACUGCUCCUGGAGUCGAUCACAUACAUAACUACUGCAUAAGUAAUAUCGAUGGAGCCGAAUAUCAUUGCAACAAAACUCAAGUGCGCAAAGUCAUAUCUGGAGUUGUCGGAGCAGCUUCAAGUGUAACCUCAAUUCAAGUGGCCAAUUUACUUCGUCUUUUCAAGAUACCCCAGGUGUCAUUCUUCUCUACAAGUCCCGAAUUGAGCAACAAACAACGUUUCGAAUAUUUCUCCAGAACGAUUCCAUCCGAUCAUCAUCAAGUAAAGGCCAUGGUAGAUAUCGUCAUGCUAAUGGGCUGGAGCUAUAUAUCAAUUAUCUAUGAAGAAUCUAACUAUGGAAUCAAGGCUUUUGAAGUUCUCGAGGACCUCCUAGUGAAGAAUAAAAUAUGCAUCGCUGUCAAAGAAAAACUGGUUAAAGAUUCAGGCGUUGGAAACAUAUCUGUCUACGAUAAUAUUGUGCAAAAACUUCAAACAAAACCUAGAGCUAAAGGCUCAAAUUAUUCGAUUAACGUUAGCUUGGGAAAUAUAAAUGCUUUCCAAAAACGGACGCUACAAAUUGUGAAUUAUCGAGAUGCUGAUGCUGAUGCAUUCGCUUGA